CCUCAGUGAAGCAGGGGAAGCUGGCAGAUCGGUGUAUAGCGCUGAGUAGAGUGUUCGGAGCGGCUCAGGAUCCGCCGUACAUCGGUCCCAACACAAGUGUGAACCUCCCUGCCCCCCUCCUGGGUUCUCCGAUCCCCCCUCCUCCUCCUCCCUGGGCGGCUGUACAAUCCUCAGCAGUGACCUGAGACUGUAUAGCCGGCCGAUCUCAGGAUCUCAAGGACUUCUAUCGGCUCAGGACUAGUUUCUCCUUUUAUUUUUGGUGCAUUUGUAUUUGUUUGCUGCCUGUGUGAUCAACCUGCUGAGGACGACGAGAUCGCCCCGGGAGCUGCUAUUGUGACUAUCUGAUCGGCGACAUGACUGCGGAGAAGGAGAAGAAAAGGAGCAGUUCAGAGAGGAGGAAGGAAAAGUCUCGAGAUGCCGCAAGGUGUCGGAGAAGUAAGGAGACGGAGGUCUUCUAUGAGUUGGCACACCACCUUCCAUUGCCCCAGAACAUUAGCACUCAUCUGGACAAGGCUUCCAUCAUGCGUCUGACCAUCAGUUUCCUCCGCACACAGAAACUUUUAUCUGCAGUUUGUCCAGAAGGGGACCUCGACACAGACUCCGAAAAACAGAUUGACAGUUUGUAUCUUAAAGCUCUGGAGGGCUUCGUAACCGUUAUUACUCAGGAUGGUGACAUGAUCUUCAUUUCUGAGAACAUCAACAAGCACAUGGGUUUAACACAGGUCGAAUUAACAGGACAUAGCAUCUUCGACUUCACCCAUCCCUGCGAUCACGAUGAGAUUAGAGAGAAUCUCAGUUUGAAAUGCGGUGCAGGACUAAACAAGAAGAACAAAGAUGCAAGUACAGAACGGGAUUUUUUCAUGAGGAUGAAAUGCACUGUCACCAACAGAGGCCGAACCGUGAAUCUCAAAUCUGCUACCUGGAAGGUACUUCACUGCACUGGCCACGUGAAGGUGUACAACUCCUACAAUCCGCAUGCACUCUGCGGCUACAAAGAGCCUCUGCUGAAUUGCCUGGUGAUGAUGUGUCAGCCAAUCCAGCAUCCCUCCAACAUCGACAUCCCGCUGGACAGCAAGACCUUCCUGAGCCGACACAGCAUGGACAUGAAAUUCACAUACUGUGAUGACAGAAUAACUGAACUGAUUGGAUACCAUCCAGAGGAGCUGCUUGGCCGCUCAGCUUAUGAGUUCUAUCAUGCUUUGGAUUCUGAAAGCAUGACCAAAAGUCACCAGAAUUUGUGCACAAAGGGCCAAGUAGUCAGUGGUCAGUAUAGGAUGCUCGCAAAGCAUGGUGGUUACGUCUGGGUGGAAAGUCAUGGCACUGUCAUCUACAACACACGCAACUCCCAGCCACAAUGCAUCGUCUGUGUGAACUACGUCCUGAGUGACAUAGAAAAGACAGAUAUUGUGUUCUCUAUGGACCAGACAGAGUCUCUCUUCAAGCCUCACCAGGUGACCAUGAGCUCUAUCUUCAGCAAUGCUGUCUCUGACAAGACCAGCGAUUUCUUGUAUACCAAGCUGAAGGAAGAACCAGAUGAGCUGGCACAGCUGGCUCCCACUCCAGGGGAUGAAAUUAUUUCCUUGGAUUUUGGUUCUCAGACUUAUGAAGAGCCAUCAACUUACAACAGCAGUGCGCAGCCAAGUCCAAACAAACAGUGGCCACUGGAAGUCAAUAAUCAUGGAUCCCAGCCUGACAUUGUGAACCAUCCGUCCUUUACAGCGCCUCAGGUGGCUCCUGGGAGUACUACACCCAGUGCUAGCAGCAACAGCAGCUGCUCUACGCCAAGCAGUCCAGGAGAGUACUAUACGACUUUGGAAGAAGGUCUCAAGAUUGAGCUGAUUGAGAAACUCUUUGCAAUGGAUACAGAAGCAAAGAAUAAUUGUAACACUACUAAGAAUGACUUUAAUGAGCUGGAUCUUGAAACGCUCGCCCCAUACAUUCCAAUGGAUGGUGAAGAUUUCCAGUUGAACCCCAUUUGCCAGGAAGAGAGUCCCCUCAGUGAUAGCACACAACAGCCCACCCAGCAGAACAUAAGUAGCAUGAAUACACUCUACCAACCCAGUGCCCCUCCUCCUCAGAGCCAGUACCUGCAUCAGACUUAUGCCCAACAAAUGGCAGCUAAAAGCAGUAAUCCCAGCCAGGAUUCUCUGCCCACCGGCCUCUAUAAUGGUGAAAGAAAGUCGCCAGCCUUAUUGGCCUAUCAUACCGGAGCAAGUACACCACUGUCUUCAUUGGGAGGCAGACCUAAUGUACAAUGGCCACCAGACCCUCCUGUCAAUUACAUGCCCCCAAAGUGGAGAAUGAUGGAGCAAUACCAUGAAUCCAACUCAGCUACUGGACACCCAAUGCAUCAACACAGCAUGCCAUUAUAUAAGCAAAGGUCGCUUGAGAGCUUUGGGCAACGUGGUAAGGAUUUACAUCCUACAGAGAUGACAUUCUGCAACAGUAUGAAGAGGAAGCGGCAGCUUGAUUAUGGUGCUCAAGGGUUCUCGCAACUCAAUGUGGGGGAGUUACCCGACAACACCAUACAAUCACUUAUGUGGAAAAGGAUGAAAUCCUUAAAACCAGAAAUGUGCCCACUUGUUUCAGAAAAGAAAUCCCUGAGCACAAGUGUGCUGAAUGAUGAAUUCAUCUGUAACAGGCACAGAGGAUUAAACCAGCAGAUGACCCAACAGUCGCAGUCACAUCCACAUUGUGCACAAAGUUCCAGAGACGGCAGGAAAACUCCUUAUCAGACCACGUUUUUCAGUGCAUGUAAUUACCAUGAUUACAAUCUGCCACAAUCACAGAAAAUGAAAGCCAUGACCAACCGGCUCAUCAGCCCAACAUUUGAAUCCUAUCUCUUGCCAGAACUCACAAGAUACGACUGUGAGGUCAACGUGCCAGUACUGGGUAGCUCCAACCUUUUGCAAGGCUGCGACCUUCUCCAAGCGCUGGAUCAGACCACCUGAGAGGAGCGGUGACCCUCUCAUCGACUUUCAACUCUUUUUAAAUAAACAAAAGCGCUUCAGUUUCUAAAUAUAUUUUUCCAGUAGACAGUUUCUAUCACUGAUAACAAUCUUACAAGAAUCAUUCACAUGUGGAACUUUGUGCACAGUACCAAAUAGUGGCCUUACUGAUAUGAUGUCAGAUUAAAAAAGAGAGAGAGAGAUAUACAUAUAUGUUUUUACCUGCUGUAUUUUUCUUUAUUUUAAUAAAAACAAAAUAAGUGUAUAGUAUAGAAAAUGUUUUACAUGCCCUUAUAGCCCUGUUAAAGUAAUUUAUAUAUAUAUUUUUUAAUGGCCAUAGCAGAUCGUUGGUAAAUAUAUCUACUUAUCAUGGAGGAUGUUACUGAUGCAUGCAGAUCACUGGAAUUCUGUAUACUGUAAUUCUAUGGCAGUGCCUUGCAUUUCAUUGUUUUUCAGGUUGUAAAUGUCUUGAAAGGGUUUACAAAAAACGGCAUUCCCAUAUUGAAUAAGACCAAAGAAAUUGCAUUCCUUUAGACCAGGAAAUUUCUGAGCUCAUUAAACACUUUAGUGCUUAUCAAAUGCUCAAAGGGGAACAUCAGUGGAGCAAUAACCCAAAGCAACCAAUCGACAGUCAUCUUUCAGUGUAUUAAACUGCUGAAAGCUGAAAUUUGAUUGGUUUGAUUUAUCGUGAGUUUGUGAUGAUGUGGUAUAUUUAGAUCCUAUUAGACGCUAGAAUCACUGGCAUUGUAUUGUUUAUUUUCCCAGUUCAUGCCAAGAUUCAUCAACCGGACAGCACUAUUUAAAAUACUAUUUCGAUAGAUGGACUGGAUUCUGAACAACAGCCUAAGAACGUCUAAACAAGGCAUUCAAUACCUCACUUUUCCGAAGUUCCGUUUUUUUUCUUGAUCUGCACAUCUGUGAUGGUUAGGGAUGGAGUAUUUACUAGAGAUUUGUCCAAUCAAAUUGUUGGACCCUAUUAGCUUACUGUGAACCGAAAACCUCAUGUGGGAGCUUCUCAGGCUUGGAAAGGGGUGCUAGUCCUGUUCCACUGCUGUGAGAGCAGGUUGGGGAGAGAGCUUGUCCCGACUCCAAAUGUCAAUGUGUAGAAACGUAGAUAUCCCUAAUAGUCGCACAUCAAAGCAAACCCACUGAUGGGGGUGUAAGGCAACCUCAGCCUGGGCUCCCGCCAGACCAUGCCCCAAAACCUUUUGCUCUGCCCGUCUGAGCUUAAAAUGAUUGUAACGUUUUUUUUUUUUUU